AAUGAUGCGGUGUCGCUCCAUCUGGUGAAAUCACAGUGACGCUCCAAACGGCGACGAUUAUUGUCAUACGUCAUUUCAGUGCGUUUACAUGUCACAUUUGUUUGGAUAGAGAAAAUGGCGUCAGCGGAGCCUUUUGCCGGACAAGAGGCCGAACAAGACACCGAACUAGACGAGUUAUUGGAAAGUGCACUCGAUGACUUUGACAAGACAAACUCGCCCCCUUCAGCCCCAGUCCCUAAUACUGCCACGACUGCCCCAUCAACUAAGGGUAGUGAACAGAAACCCCCUCUACUGGAGGACAGUCAGUUCUUCGAGGCUCUUUUUGAAGGGGAGAUGGCCUCUCAGGCGAGGGAGGAGUGGGAGAAGGCCAUGACUGAACUGGCACAGGAAGAGCCUGAGCUGCUGCAACACUUUCACAAAUUGUCAGAGGCAGCUGGGAAAGUGGGUACUGACGUAGCUUCCCAACAAGAAUUCACUUCUUGUCUCAAAGAUACCCUUAGUGGAUUGGCAAAAAAUGCAGACAACUUGCAGAGUGCAGGAUUGGCUGGAGAGGACCUGGCAAAGACUCUUGAAGGGCUGGGUUUAGAUGAGGGUGUGGAGGGGGGCGGGGAAGAUGGAAACAUCCUUCCAAUCAUGCAGUCCAUCAUGCAAAAUCUUCUCUCCAAGGAAGUGCUGUACCCAUCUCUCAAAGAGAUCACUGAGAAGUAUCCUGAAUGGCUGAACAGCAAUCGCCAGUCCCUCCCCCCAGAUGAGUUUCAGCGCUACGUACGGCAACACAAGGUCAUGGGAGAGAUCUGCAGCCAGUUCGAGAAGGAGGGCGAGCGAGGUGGAGGAGAUGUGGAGGGUAGAUUCGAGAGCAUUCUGGAACUCAUGCAGCAGCUACAAGAUCUGGGACAACCACCCAAAGAGCUGGCUGGUGAAUCGCCACCAGGCCUCAACUUUGACCUGGAAUCCCUGAAUCUCCCUGGAGCCUCAGGGGCUGGAGCCGCAGAGCAGUGCUUGAUCAUGUGAUCUCAGAGCAGCCAGUUAAGGGAUUCCCAGGCCAGGGCUUGUUUGCCAUGGGGCAGACAACCUAGAAGCAUCAAUCACAGGAGAAGGACAAGGAGCAGAAUGAGACUGUUUGCACUGCUCUACUCCUUACAUAUGUUUCAGUGUCUUAAUAGAAGACAUUGUGAAGGGUUGCACAACAAAACAAUGUGACCAUUACCUUCGGUAACUCACUGGUCACAUCACAGAUUUUGAAUUAAUUGAUUUUGUUUUGUCAAAUAAGCUCUUCCAGGUCCUUCAUUGUUCUGGUACCUUCAUUCUCACCCACAAAUUAACAAAAGCGUUUUACUUUAAUACACCAGCUGUUAGACUGACAACGGUUGGGUCUCAGGUUAGGACUGGCUGGCCUGCCAUACUGGAUGAAAUGGUGCCUUGCUCAUUCUUCUUGAAUCGGAGAAGGGUCACUGUUUUUAUGGCAGGUUUAAUAGGAUUCCUCCGUUGUGAGUGGCUGCGUGUUGAGUUAGUUGGUUUGCUACACUAUCAUGGUGCUGCAUUCCUAACUGAGGGUGUUAAUUCCGCACAGGGGAGUUUCACUCAUCACUAAUGCAUUGCUAAUAUCCCGGGGCUUAGUUUGGUUUCUGAUUGCUUCAUUUUAGAUGUGCAACAUUCUCAUUAAUACUCUUAAAUAUGCCACUUGGAUUUCUUAUGAUUUCAUCCAGUAGUUGUGAAAGUGAUACUCAUGAGCCAAAACUGGACCCUGUUUUUUGUGUACUACAUCAACCAAUUGUGUACUCAUCAACCACUUUGUAAAAUGUUACGACGUAAAAAAAGAAAAACCCCAUCGUGUAUGUUAGAAAAUCCAAUUCAAUUUUGAUGUGCCUAAGAUCCCAGAAUACAUCUUUAACGUGUUGAUUGUUAUUGAUGGUCUCCUAACUAAUGAUCGGGAAUCUUUUUUUUAAGAAAAUAAUGGAGUUCUAAUUAUUGUUCUAAUUUUACAGUCUUUACAUUGGUUGAUGGUGAGUUAUUUGUUCCCAAUAGCUACUAUGUUUUACCACAGGCAGGGCGUUUUUGAACGUUCCAGAUAGAAAUAUCACAAAUAGAGGUAAUGAGAUUCCUUAUUGUAGAUGUCAAAGAUGCAUGUUUGUUUUACAUUGCAUAUUUCUAUCUGAACUUUUAUCAGAGUUCUGCUUAAUAUGCUACUAGUUUAUACACAAGAAUUGACCUUUAGUUUUCAGAAUGUUGGUUCAAAUGUCAUUGUUAGAUCGAUAAAUCCACAGCUGAAGAACCAGUCCUGUGGCCAUUUUUAACUUUAAGUGACGUGUGUUUGGCCCCAUUCAUCUGUUUUUGGAUAACACUCUUAACACUUUUGAGUUAAAGUUUGUCUGAUUCCUUCCUAAAGAGCUUGAUACCAUUAGACAAUACUGUUUAGGUCAUCUAUAAUGAAAGAAAUCCAGACACCACCAAAACAGUUAUGUCUGUAAUGGAAAAAGGGGUUUUGUGGCAAAUUGGGUUUUGAGAAAUUGGGUUAGUUAUGUGCUUUGCACAAUUAUAACCACUGAUAUGGUUAUAGAUUUAAAAAAAACAUUGAUUUAUUUAAUUUAACUAAAGGGACAGAUAAGUAAAAUAUUGUGAAUAUUUUCUGAGAAGUGUUGAUUUUGAGGUGAUAUGCAAAUUACUUUUCUCUGUGGCCUUUGCUAUGGACACAUGGAGUGACAUCCCUUGUAUAAUUCACAUGCCAACACUGUAUGCAUUGAGUGAAUAUUGGCUAGUAGUCUAGUAUCCCUGUAGUUAAUCAUGGUAUCCAAUUGGGUGCUACUUCAGUACACCUGUGUUAUUUCUUACCUUACAUCCCGAAAUGUCUUGGUGGUAUACUUAUUGGCAGGUGGUAUUUAGAGCAAUCAGCUCAUCACCUUAAACGUAGGCUGUUCAUUUGAAUCACUUGAUGGACUUGGAACAGCCAAUACAAAGAGCGUGCGCAGCUUACCAAAAAUGCUCAGAGUCCUCGUUUGGGGUGGUCCAAAUUGGCUGAGGCCUGCCAGGGUUAGUGUCAGACAUGGUUGCCUUGCCUUGAUGGUGGAUAGUACUUCCUGACUCCUGAGCCUGCUGUGAGUUGCUUUAAUGAAACUGGGCUUCUACAUUAGUCUCAGUGAAAUUAGAGAAACUGAGCUAAUUCUGUCCAUUUGCGUGUAAUGGCUGUAAGGAGGAAGAUUGUAGCCUAUGUUCAGGCAGAGUAACUAUGGUAUGUUUCUGCAAGAGUAAAAGGACAGCCCAUGUAGCACUGUCAGAGCUGAUAGCCUAUGUUCCCAGGACUUGUCCUUUUGACCCAAUUAGAUAUCUCCUUCCACUACCAUUAAUCAAUCAUCAGUCUGAAUAUUUUGUGUAAAUAACAUAUAUAUAUUAUGAAAUAAAGUUAUGGUGUUAAUGAUAUUAACAAAUCAA